GGCCCAUCCUUUCUUAAUGGGCCUCCCCCAUCCUCUCCCUCUCUCAUCAAUUAUUUCCUUACAGCACUCUGUCCAAGAAAUUGAAUGUUCUGUCGCCAAAACUUGUGUUCAAAUCCCCAAUGUCAUUUCAUGCAUGCAUAUCCCCAUUUAGUAGUUAAUUGCCUUGGGUCUCGGAUUUUUCCAAUUCCUCUCACCCUUUUCAUGGCUUCUUCGAUGGCCUUAACUUCUUCGAAUUUGCACGGCAGACACACCCCUCAGCCCGCUCUGGUCCGAACCACCAGAGCGGGAGCCUCGGCGUCGAGGCCAUCGGGGCAGCCUAGGUUCAUACAGCACAAGAAGGAGGCGUACUGGUUCUACAGGUAUUUGUCAAUCAUAUACGACCGCUUCGCAAACCCGGCUCACUGGACGGAGGAAAUGAGGGACGAGGCUCUCGAGCCGGCGGAUCUCAACAACCCCAGCUUGCUGGUCGUCGACGUCGGCGGCGGGACCGGGUUCGCCACUCUGGGGAUCGUGAAGACUGUGGAUGCUAAGAACGUCACCAUACUCGACCAGUCACCGCAUCAGCUAGCCAAGGCCAAGCAGAAGGAGCCCCUCAAGGACUGCAAUAUCAUCCAGGGGGAUGCCGAAGAUCUCCCUUUCCCUACUGAUUACGCCGACAGAUACACUUCUGCCGGAAGUAUUGAGUAUUGGCCAGAUCCGCAGAGGGGAAUCAGGGAGGCAUACAGGGUAUUAAAGCAGGGGGGGAAAGCGUGUAUAAUUGGACCAGUGCACCCCACGUUCUGGCUCUCACGCUUCUUUGCAGACGUGUGGAUGCUGUUCCCAAAGGAGGAAGAGUACAUAGAGUGGUUCGAGAAAGCAGGGUUCGAGGACGUGAAGCUGAAGAGGAUUGGCCCCCAGUGGUACCGUGGCGUUCGCCGGCAUGGACUGAUCAUCGGAUGUUCUGUCACCGGCCUCAAGCCUGCCUCUGGCGACUCCCCUCUCCAGAUGGGUCCAAAGGAGGAGGAUGUGUCCAAGCCCGUGAAAAAACCGCUGCCAUUUCUGGGAAGGUUCAUAUUGGGAACCCUAGCGGCUGCAUGGUUCAUGCUGGUCUCCUUCUAUAUGUGGAUCAAGGAUAAGAUCGUCCCUCGUGGCCAGCCCAUCUGAUCCCUCAGGCUGCCUCCAAGUGAACUAUCACUAUAUGCAACAACAACAACAACAAAAAAAAAAGAGUAUCUCCCUUGCAAUUUAUAUGCGGUGGUAACUAAGUCGUGUUUAAAGCUCCAACUCUUGUGGAAUCCAUCAAUAUAUAGAACAACUCCCUGGGGGAAUGCUUUCCACGUGUCUUGGAUCAUCAACCCCAAUGUAUAAUAUUGAUAACCAACACAAAAGAUGGAGCAUACGUACGUUUUAUACAUGAAUAAAUGUCAGUGUAUGCAUACAUAUGUCUAUACAGAACAUGGGUUGUACCA